UUCACAUUUCUGAUGCUCAGUACAUAAUUUUAUGUCUGCGUGUACUGUCGUGUGUCUAGUGAUAAAUCAUCGGUGUAUUUUUGUAACUCAAUUGUUAAAAUACAUAUAUUUCUAUUGAAAGUAGUGAGAACACUUAAUUAAAAUGGCCAAGAAACUGCAGAUGUGUGGGAAUGAGGAGGAGAUGAGGGAAGUGGCCGGUAGGAUCUGUAGGAACUACCUGCACGGUGCUUGGAAGAGUGUGGACCCUUCACAGCUGGUGUUCAGGCGAAUUAGCGGUGGUCUGUCCAACUUCCUGUACUACGUAGCGCUGCCGGACGACGCGAGCAAGCUGGGCGGGUACACGCGGCGCGAGAGUUCCCCGGACGCGGAGCCCGACGGCGAGCCGGAGACGCUGGCCAGCCGCCUGGCCAAGAAGAACCUCGCCAGGUCCAACUCGUUCAGUAUCGAGGAGCCUAAGAAGGUACUGCUGAGGAUAUAUGGACAAGUGCACGGCGAGCGGGCGAUGGACGCGAUAGUGACGGAGUCGGUCAUAUUCACGCUGCUGUCGGAGCGGCGGCUCGGGCCUAAGCUGCACGGCGUCUUCUCCGGCGGCAGGAUUGAGGAGUAUAUCCCUGCCAGACCACUCCUAUCUAAAGAGCUGUCCGAUCCGGCGAUUUCAAUGAAGAUUGCUGAAAAAAUGGCAGCCAUACAUUCCAUGGACGUGCCCCUAUCAAAGGAGCCUAAUUGGCUAUGGAAAACCAUGGCGAAAUGGCUGAAGACUGUCAGAGAGGAAAGACUGUCGAGCACCAAUCACGGAAAAAAUGAACAAGAACAACAAGUAAUCAAGAAGUUGAAGAGUGUGGACUAUGAGAAAGAGAUAGAAUGGCUCAAGAAAUUCAUAGCUACCAUAGACUCCCCGGUCGUGUUCUGUCAUAAUGACAUGCAAAAAGGCAACAUCCUUCUUCUAGAAGACGUAGUCCAAUCUACAGGUGAUGAGGACGUUUCUGUAUACGUUCAGACGUACGAUACGGAUUCACCGAAAUCCAACAAAGAGAAUAACCAUACGAAGACCAGUUUCGAGACAAUGACACAGUACGAAGACCAAAAUACUUCUGACAGCAUCAUUAGUCACAUGUCGGAUAGCGGGGAGCCUAAACUGGUGCUCAUAGACUUCGAGUACUGUGCAUAUAACUACAGAGGGUUCGAUAUAGCCAAUCAUUUCCAAGAGUGGAUGUAUGAUUACAAUAAUCCAGAGUAUCCAUUUUAUGAUGAGGUUCUGGAGAAUUACCCCACUUUGGAGCAGAAGGAAAUCUUCAUUAAAGAAUAUCUGAAGCAUUACCAAUCAAACUUAUCGGACGCCAAGGACACGACGCCCUCUAUUGACGAUGUGAACCAGCUGCUGUCUGAGGUGGACGCGUUAGCGCUCGCCACGCAUCUCUUCUGGAGUCUAUGGUCUAUGGUGAACGCAUCUAAGAGCAAUAUACCUUUUGGCUAUUGGGAAUACUCAUUAUCCAGGCUAGAGACGUACCUCAGACUCAAACAGGAGGUAAUAAAGAAAGAAAAAUUUAAUUUCCCACAAAAGAGGAAAAUCUACGAAGUCGACAUAUGAGAAAAAUAUGCGACACUCACUAUAUAAGUAUCCUGCUCCACUGGGAACGAGAGAAAGAGAUCGACGAUAACCUCCAAACGGGAAAUGGGAAAUGGCAACAAAAAAAAAAACAACAACAAACGCAACGUUCUGUAAUCUGUAUACACUCUCAGUGAAACUCGACGAUUUGUACUUGUAAUUUAUUUAACAAUAAUGCCUAGUUUUUAAGUUGUAAAUUGAAAAAUUGUAUUUAAAUAAUUACUUAUAAAUAUUUGUAUCGCAAUUGUUAAAAUAGUUUAUCAAGCAUUCUUAAGUUUUGCAUUUGUAUGAUUUACAAAUCACAGGUUAAUAUUGCCGUAUGAGAUUUUACACGUGUAGGUAUGGUCACAUCUGGAUAUUUAGAUGGAUACUCAUUUCCACAUAGUGGAAUGCGGACGACAUGUCAAUUUGUCCAUAAUAAUUAUAUAUACAUGGCGUUUUUAAUAUCUACAAAUGACGGUUAUCAAUAUUUCAGUCUAAGGUUAAAUUUCUACACGCUAUCUCCUAAACACCUCUAUUCGUAUCUGUCACUACUUGUAACUUACAUAUCAAAUGUUACUUAUUAACUCUUACAUUUUAUUUCAAAGGCUACGACUUUAGCGCGUUAAAAAUUUAUUUAUAGGCAAAUAAAAAAAUUAUAAACUGCACUGUGCUGACAUCUUUAAUUAAAGCUAUAGAUGAAACAUUUUUUAAACAUUUCUAUUAAUAUCUUGAGGGUAACCUAAAUUUAUUCGCGGCAACAAAAGUCUAUCCAUAGACAAUCUGUUUUGUUUCAAAUUCUGUUCGUUGUAGCAAUGUGCCAGGUGACAGAUGACAUUUUACUGUAAAUGUACUGUUGAGAUUUUUGGAGUUAAAAAGUUAAUUAUUAAGUUUAUAAUGUUACUGAACUUUCUCACUAUCAAUUGGUAGUGUAUUGACGCCGUAAAUUAUGUUUUAAUAAUUUGUUUCGUGACUUUAAUGACCUGUCACCCGUACUGUGCUACAAUGUACAGAGUAUAGUGCAAUUUGUGUUUGUACAGUGUACUUAACAAUGUUUAAGCAAAAAAGUUUAAGCGUUAGACAUAAGAUCUAGUCCAAUGUAAUUGUUCGUAUCUUAGCAUCUAAUACGAUCUAUCUAUCUAUCCUAUUUAAGAGCUGCACUCUUGUCGGUGGAGCUCUCGCCACUCACUACGAUUUUCAGCGAGUCUCUUCACCUGUUGAUACGACAUGACACCAACUCCUUCCUUGAUCUGCCUGAUGUAACUGUCUCGGUCUCCCUCUCCCCCUCCUUCCUUCUAUCUUGCCUUCUAUUAUAAUGUUCAUAAGUUCGUCGUGUCGUAUCAAGAGUCCCAACAUUUUUUCCCUUCUGUACUCGAUAGUUUUUAUAAUUUGUCUUUUUUUCUAAUAAGAUAUGAUUAUAUUAUAAAAUUACAUAGAAAAAAAAAAUUCUAUGUAGACUGAAUACAAAAGUAAAGCACAUAUAACUUUUUCUAUAAUUUUGUUCACAAAUAUUAGGAUAAAAUUAUCCUAUGUGAUAGUAAAAGACAUGGUAAAUUUAUUACUAAAAAAUUUCAAAUCUAACAAACAUGAUUAGCAUCCAUACAUCUUUAUAUUCACAUGUAUGUAUGAAAUUGUAUUUACUCGAAUAAAUAAAUUGCAUUACAAUUAAAGUGAUACAAUACGUAGCCAUACACAGUAGAUAGGUAAUACUACGAAAUCCAAUAAAUAUCCGAUGAUACACUGAUAUUUUUUUCGUUUCGUAUCUGUGGUCGACAUUAGCUACGCUCGCGACUCCGUUCGCAUUUAUUAUAUACCCUCUAUCUAUCUAUUUAUAUUUUAUUUCCAUUAAUUUUUGUAUAGCAUUUUCCAUACUUUAUUUUUUACGCCAUCUAAGUCAGUACUUUGACAAAAAAAUUACUUUAAAUGUGUAAAAAUUUAAACCCCUUUGGGUGAAAAGCGGGAUAGUUUUUAAAACUUAAAGACAUAUUUGACCCAUAUUUAGUUUUAUAUACUGUGAAAAUUACAUCCCAAUUAGUCCAGCCGAAUAGGAAAAAAAAAUGAAUGAAAAAGCAAUGCUUUCGUUUCGAUAUGUGUUAUAUAGGCAUAGACACAUUUAAUACACAGUUUUGGCUUUGUUACAUUUUUAUUUACAUAUAGUAAAAAUGAAAUUAUUUUCUGAAUGUGAUCACACCCAUUCCUUUUAUACGAUACGAACUUAGAAAUGUGAUUUUAGCGAUUAAGUUACUUAAUUAGUUCAUAAUAUUUCCAAAUGUAUUUGUGAUUGAACAUUUGUUAUGAUAAAUUAUAUAAAAAAUAAAAUAUAUUAAAAAAAAAUCGAGACAUUCCAUAAAGAAAAUAUAAGUUUUCGAAAACAUAA